AUGCAGCUCGCAGCUGUGGUGGAGCGCCUUCAACUGCAACCACGGGGUGAUGCAAACAUCGAAAUCAAGGACCCCACGGGUCGUCUGGAGGGCUCGCUGCACUGGAAGGUCAUGGCUGAUGCCGACAACAAGUCGCGGAUUAAGCGAGGAUCUGCUCUUCUACUCCGAAAGGUGGUGGUGUUCAGCCCUCGGAAGGGACUGCAAUAUAUCAACAUCACUCUUGCCAACGUUGUCCAGGUGUUUCCUCCAGACACCCCAAUUCCUCCUGUUUCUGCAUUUCGCCCGUCAUCAUCGGGUCUACCAGCCCAAAGAAACUCCAACGCUGCCGCUGGUGGAACGGCGGGGUUUCCUACACCUUUCACUCCUAAUGUGCCAAACCCCCACUGCAAUACUGAGAUGAUGCCGAAAACUACACCAGCCUACCGACUUCCAGCAGCCACAAUCGAACGAAGGGAGAAGGCGUGGGAUUUCACGUCAAUUGACGCUGAGGAUGCUGACAUCUGCCUCACGCCCAUGGUGCCUGAUGCGGCCUUGGACAGCCACAGAGGAGUGCCUGGGAGUCGUGUCUCGGCCAUACGGGAAGCAAGUGAGGAGGGGCUUCAGCCACGUGAUGUGAGAUCUCGUGAACCUCCAACCACAGAAAGCCAGCGAGGUCUCUCGCCUGGCAUGAACGUCGGCAUCCAUAGACCCUCUGACUCUGUCAGAAUGCACUGCGGGCCUGAUGCACAAGGUGAAGGUGCAGCAGAUGUGGAAACGCGAGGUGUGGAAAGUGGUGGGGAUUGUUUGAGAAGAAAUGUUCACCAAGAGAGGGGUUCUGAAGAGGCGGCAGAUGUUAUGAAGAAACUUGGGUGGGAUGCUGAUGCUUUUGGAGCUUUUUUCGAGGAUGAUGUGGAUGGUUUCUUUGCACCUUUGAAUGGAAACUGA